AUAUAAAUAAGUUUGCCUGCUGUUGCGAGCCCAUAAACAUAAAUAUAGGGAUUAUAUUUAACAACUGCAUAAUACAUUUAGUAGUUUUACAAGAGUGCAGAGAGUAAAUAAGUGCAAAUAAUUGUUGUUCUGCGUGCGCGUGUGUGUGUUUGUGUGUGUGUGUGAGUGGUGUGAGUCAUGACAUUUCGGUUAAAAACGUAAACCGACGGCGUAGAAACAAUUUUAUUGUGCAUUGCAUAAAGGGCGCAGCGUGUGACUCCAGAUUGAUGUACAUACAUACAUAUACGCGAAUAUAUUCCGGAUGAGCAUUUACAGCAAUAAGACGUGAGCAGCAGCAACAACAAUAACAGCUUUAGUGAGUGCGCCCUCGUCACACUUGAAGUACGCUGCUGAGACUGCGAUAGCAACAGUCAAGUCUCAGUCACAGUCUCUGGCACAGUAGACACUGCAAGGGGCCAAAGCUUUCGCCAAAAACUGAGCACAACUUUCGCUGCAGCAACAACAAACACACUAUCAACAAGAAACAAACUUAACUAACACCAGCUUCUAUUAGAAACAACAGCAACAACAAAAUGGUUGACCGUCUAGUAAAUUCAGAGCUAAACACACGUCGGAUUGCCUCCGUGGAGAAUUGCUUUGGCAGCUCCGGCGUGCCACUAGCCGUGCCCGGACGCGUGCUAGUCGGCGAAGGGGUUCUCACAAAGAUGUGUCGUAAGCGCCCAAAGUCACGUCAGUUCUUCCUCUUCAACGAUAUACUCGUGUACGGCAACAUUGUGAUUGGCAAGAAGAAGUACAACAAGCAACACAUUAUGCCGCUCGAAGAGGUGUCGCUGGAGCCAAUACCGGAUAACCAGCAAUACCGCAACGGCUGGUACAUACGCACCACAACUAAAUCGUUUGUGGUGUACGCUGCAACCACCACCGAAAAGCAGGAGUGGAUGGCUCAUAUCAAUAAGUGUGUGGAGGAUCUGCUACGCAAAAGCGGCAAGAAACCGGUGGAGAAUCAUGCCGCUGUCUGGGUGCCCGAUGCCGAGGCAAGCAUCUGCAUGCACUGCAAGAAGACGCAGUUCACGUUUGUGCAGCGUCGUCAUCACUGUCGCAACUGCGGCGCCGUUGUCUGCGCCGGCUGUUCAUCAAAGAAACACUUGCUGCCGCAGCAGAGCAACAAGGCGCUGCGCGUCUGUGAUGCUUGUUACGAGAAUCUGCAUCGCUCCACACCGGGAGCCAGCACCGAACCAGCGGAUGCCGAUGCCGCCGGCUGUAAUCGCAAAAUAAAUGCCAGCGGUGCUGACAGCUCCAAUGAUGACGAUUCGGAUGAGGAGACAACAUCACCAUCGGCCGAAGCGCACGACGAGCCGCGCUUCUAUGGCAAUGAAAGCAGUCUGUCCGCUGCGCCCGAUGAUUCAAUGAGCUCAGCUGCUAGCACAACGCCCAACGCAGCGCUGCCAAACUCAACGACAACAUCGUCAGCAGCCCCAGCCAUGGCCUCCAACUGUUGAGGGGAACGCUGCAAGAUGAACAACGGAAGCAACAAGAAGAAGAGCAGAUACGGGAAAUACGCAAAAAGACGGAAUUUAAAGCUCGUCCGAACCCAU